ACGGGACAGUUCAAAUCAAACUGCAAAACACUCUGUAGUGGGAGGAGGAGAAAGAGCUCUUAAGGACUUGAAUAGACCCAUACCAACGGACCCUGUACUCCGACAAAACACCAACCCUGUGAUCAAAUUUAUCUGGUGUUUCUAUAAAGACUGGGUUUUGGAGAGUGGAGAGCAGAAUAAAGGAAGGAUUUAAUUGCAGGGAACCGAGAAGAGAACAUUCCCCCAGGAACUACACAGCAAACUGCUCAUGUCGAGGUCUUGACUUCUGAGAGGAUGAUCCUGUGUUCACAUUUCCGUGUUUUCCUCAUUAUCACCUUUCCAUACAGCCUUUGGCACAAUGUGCAAUCACUAAACCUUGAGGAUCCAAAUGUAUGCAGUCACUGGGAGAGCUACUCGGUAACCGUGCAGGAAUCCUAUGCUCACCCUUACGAUCAGAUAUACUAUACCAGCUGCACUGAUAUCCUGAACUGGUUCAAAUGCACAAGACAUAGAAUAAGUUAUCGCACAGCCUACAGGCGUGGUGAGAAAACAAUGUACCGCCGUCGUUCUCAGUGUUGUCCAGGAUUUUAUGAAAGCUCUGAGAUCUGUGUUCCUCACUGUGCUGAGAAAUGUGUCCAUGGAAGAUGCAUCGCUCCUAACACCUGUCAGUGUGAACCCGGCUGGGGAGGUCUAAACUGUUCCAGUGCAUGUGACAGUAACCAUUGGGGACCUCACUGUAACAACCGCUGUCAGUGUAAGAAUGGAGCUUUGUGUAAUCCCAUCACUGGAGCCUGCUUCUGCACUCCUGGAUACCAAGGUUGGCGAUGUGAGGAGAUCUGUGAUGCCGGAACAUAUGGAAAUGGAUGUCAUUUAAAGUGCCAGUGUCAAAAUGGGGCAACCUGUGAUCACAUGACUGGUGAAUGUAGAUGCCCGCCAGGAUACACUGGCGCAUUUUGUGAAGAUCUGUGUCCACCCGGGAAACAUGGAUCCCAGUGUGAGGAGCGAUGCCCUUGCCAAAAUGGUGGAGUAUGUCAUCAUGUGACAGGAGAAUGCUCAUGCCCUCCUGGAUGGAUGGGAACAGUAUGUGGUCAGCCUUGUCCUGAAGGAAGACAUGGAAUAAACUGCUCGCAGGAAUGCCAAUGUCACAAUGGUGGACAAUGUGACUCAGCCACUGGUCAGUGUCAGUGUGGAGCUGGCUACACAGGAGAGAGGUGUCAGGACCAAUGCUCUUUUGGAUCAUAUGGAGAAAACUGUGCUGGGAGUUGUAGCUGCCUCAAUGGAGGAGACUGUUACCACGUCAACGGCGCAUGCCUCUGCAAGUCUGGCUUCACGGGGGAUUCCUGCCAGAUUCGGAUGUGUCCUGACAGAGUCUACGGAAUAAACUGCGACAAACACUGCCCCUGCCACCCUGAAACCACACUGAGCUGUCACCCCAUGUCUGGCGAGUGUACAUGUAAACCCGGAUGGUCUGGACUGUACUGCAAUGAGACAUGUACCCCUGGAUUUUAUGGUGUAUCUUGUCAUCAAAUCUGCAGCUGCCAAAAUGGGGCUGACUGCGACAGUGUAGCUGGUAAAUGCAUCUGUGCCCCAGGAUAUAAGGGAUCUGAUUGCUCGAUUCCUUGUCCUGUCGGUACCAACGGAGUCAAUUGCUCCUCUUCCUGUGACUGCAAAAAUGAAGCAGUUUGCUCCCCUAUAGAUGGCUCAUGCACCUGUAAAGCAGGCUGGCACGGAGUCGAUUGUUCCAUUCCCUGCCCUCGUGGCAGGUGGGGUCUUGGCUGCAACUCAACCUGUCGCUGUUCCAAUGGAGGAGCAUGUAACGCACUGGAUGGGACCUGUACCUGUUUGGCAGGAUGGCGGGGUGAUAAGUGUGCACAUCCAUGUCAGGAUGGCUCGUAUGGAAUGAACUGCAGUGAACGUUGUGACUGUAGCCAUGCUGAUGGAUGUCAUCCCACCACUGGUUAUUGCCGCUGUCUUGCUGGGUGGACAGGUAUGCAUUGUGAUAGCGUGUGUGCAGAAGGACGAUGGGGACCAAACUGCACACUGCCCUGUAACUGUAAGAAUGGUGCUUCCUGCUCACCUGAUGACGGAGCUUGCGAGUGUGCACCUGGAUACAGAGGCACCACCUGCCAACGCAUCUGUUCACCUGGGUUCUAUGGACAUCGUUGCAGUCAGGCCUGUCCUCACUGUGUACACAGUAAUGGGCCUUGCCAUCAUGUCACGGGGCAGUGUGAUUGCCUACCUGGCUUCACAGGAGCUCUCUGCAAUGAAGUGUGUCCCAGCAGUCGUUUCGGGAAAGGUUGUGCUAGUUUCUGCACUUGUACAAACAAUGGAACGUGCAAUCCCAUCGAUGGGUCCUGCCAAUGCUACCCAGGGUGGAUUGGAAGUGACUGUUCUCAAUCCUGUCCACCUGGAUACUGGGGCCCAAACUGCAUCCACACCUGUAACUGCCACAACGGAGCCCACUGUAGUGCUUACGAUGGGGAAUGCAAGUGUACACCGGGCUGGACUGGACUGUACUGCACACAGAGGUGCCCAUUGGGUUAUUAUGGCAGAGACUGUGGUGAACUGUGCCAGUGUCAGAAUGGAGCAGACUGCGACCACAUCUCAGGGCAGUGCACCUGUCGCAUCGGAUUCAUGGGCAAACACUGCCAACAAAGAUGUCUGCCAGGGACCUAUGGUUAUGGCUGUCGACAGGUGUGUGACUGUCUGAACAACUCAACAUGUGACCAUAUCAAAGGGACAUGUUACUGCAGCCCAGGAUGGAAAGGGUCAAAGUGUGACCAAGCCGGUGUUAUAAUUGUGGGAAACCUCAACAGCCUUAGCCGGACCAGCACAGCCAUCCCUGCCGACUCCCAUCAGAUCGGAGCAACGGUGGGCAUCGUCAUCCUUCUCCUGAUUGUCCUCUUCCUCCUGGUGCUCUUCAUAAUGUAUCGCCGGAAACAAAAAGGGAAGGAGGCCAACAUGGCAGCCGUCACCUACUCACCCGCCCUCAGGGUCAUGAACGCAGAUUACUCCAUUACAGAGAAUAUGCCUCAAGGUAAUGCUGGGAAUGCAAACAGCCAUUAUUUCUCUAACCCAAGCUACCACACUUUAGCGCAAUGUGGGAGCCCGCCUCACACCAACAAUUGUCAACGUGGCACGUCUGGAAAGGCAAAAAACAAUCAACUCUUCGUAAACAUCAAAAACCUCAAGAGUCAAGGAAAGCAAGGUUCUGUUCUGGACUACACAGCAACACUACCUGCAGACUGGAAACAAGGUGGAUAUCCUAAUGAUCUAGGCAGUGCAUUCGGUAUUGACCGAGGAUAUGUUGGAAAAUCUCUUAAAGAUCUGGUGAAGAGUUCAGGCUGUAGUGCCAGCACCUGCUCACUCAACAGCACUGAGAACCCAUACGCCACCAUCAAGGACCCUCCAGUCUUCACCUCUAAAAACUCCGAGUGUGGUUACGUUGAGAUGAAGUCCCCGGCUCGCAGGGAUUCACCAUACGCUGAGAUCAGCAACUCCACUUCAGCAAAUAAAAAUGUCUAUGAAGUUGAACCAACUGUAAGCAUCGUCCAAGGGACCUACUGCAACAACACAUCCUUGGGUCAGGACCCGUACGAUCUGCCCAGGAACAGUCACAUUCCAUGCCAUUAUGACUUGCUUCCGGUCCGAAACAGUCCUUCACCAUCACAGAAAACAGCUGACAACGAAUGAGAUAAAUAGCACCAAUUUACCACUCUCUCGGGGGAGGUCAGAAGAACACUGAUCAUGUCUUGCCAACUCUUCUAGCCGUGUUUAGAUGAUGAUUUAACUCCAGAGCUCAGUUGAGUUGCAGAUGAAGAGCGGAGAAACUUUGGAGGCCACUACAAAGCUAAAGAGACUCCCCCUUUUUAAAAGUCCUUUUCAUUCAUUAUUUUGAGGUGUCCUUGAGGAGUGACAUUAAAUCUAGUGUCUGCUUUACAGGCACAUGGAAUUAUUUGGGCAUUUAGGGCGAAAUAUUAUACCAUGGUAUUCACAUUGUGAAAAGAAAUGUCAGUGAAGAAUUUAAUUGUCCAACACUUUCCAGAAAGAAGAUCCUUCUAAACAUGUCCACCAUGUCAUUCCUUAAAUCCCGCGAGUCUUUUUUUAAAAAACAAAUCAUUCCAUGUAUACAUUACUAACAUUUAAUGAUACAUAUUGCUGAUAAUUUCUUGAAGUAGGUAGCUUAGAAAUAUUUUAGUUAUAUUUUGCCUAGAACUUGGCUUAACUGAGGGAAACAUGUGAGGAAAAACAAUCAAAUGGUGACUGCAAGUGACCAUAAACAAAGUGCAAGUAAUUGAUGAACCCCUAAAAUUCGGUGAUUGAAACGUGCACUGUAAAUGCAGUAAUCAAAUGGAGAAUUCCAUCACAUUGUAGCCAGAUCCACAUGCCUUUGAAUCUGUGCAGCCACAGCCAGUUGCUGUCCCUACCUGCGAGCUUCUUGUAAAAUAAAACCGAUGCUGUGCUUAAGCUGGUCUUGUGCAUCAGAAUUAAGUUUGUAAAGAUAGCCGUGAGUUUGCUUUUUCAAUAACUGUCUGCAUUAUUAAAAUGUGUUUCUCAUGACCUUUGCUCUUGUUUUUACAUUUAAUUCUGUGUUCAUAUUAAUGUUUCUGUACAUUGAUUUCAUUGUUACUUGGGAGUAUCACUUUUUGUUAUGAACUUGCCUCAGCUUUCUGAGCCAGUAUUAUUAGUCUUCUUGUUGUAUAAUAAGUUGUACAUAGGUGUAAAACCAGGUUAAAUUGACUGACAAGUGGUAACUUGUUUAAUGGACUUAAAACUGUACAGUGGAAGAUCCUACCCCAUCAGUAACAUUAGCUUGUAAGUGCUGUUGCACUGUAGCCGUAUAUUGCAUUGUGACAUAUUAAAUAUACUGUCCCACAAAGACCAUUUCUUUUACCUGAACGAUAACCUUUUUAUUAUGUUAUUUAUGUUCAUUUUCUUGAUCAGUUUAAAUCAUAAAUAGAAUUGAAGUAUUUUAUUCCUAUUCGUUCACCCCAAAUGAAAAACAGCACUAAAUCUUUUCAUCCCUCUUCUGCUCUUUAAGCAUUGUAUCUGCUACUUUUUAUGUAUAGAGUGUUUGCCACCAGCUUUUCAAUAAAAAUUACUCUUGAAAGAGUA